AUGGAGGAGGUGUAUAUAGAUGUUGUCCAUAUGGAGGAGGUGUAUAUAGAUGUUGUCCAUAUGGAGGAGGUGUAUAUAGAUGUUGUCCAUAUGGAGGAGGUAUAUAUAGAUGUUGUCCAUAUGGAGGAGGUGUAUAUAGAUGUUGUCCAUAUGGAGGAGGUAUAUAUAGAUGUUGUCCAUAUGGAGGAGGUGUAUAUAGAUGUUGUCCAUAUGGAGGAGGUGUAUAUAGAUGUUGUCCGUAUGGAGGAGGUGUAUAUAGAUGUUGUACAUGGAGGAGGUUAGUUUUUUUUUGUAUUAUAGAUGUUUGGCCAUAGGAGGGGAGGAUGUAUAUAGAUGUUGUCAAUAUGGGGAGCGUGUAUAUAGAUGUUUUGUCCAUUGUGAGGAGGUUUUUGUAGAGAGAGUUGUCCAUAUGGAGGAGGUAUAUAUAGAUGUUGUCCAUGUGGAGGAGGGUUUGUUAAUAGAUGUGUCCAUGUGGAGGGAGGUUUUGUAAUAGUGUUGUCCAUGGGAGGACGGGUUAUAUAGAAUGUUGUCCAUAUGGAGGAGGUGUAGAUAGAGUGGUACAUAUGUAGGAGGUGCUGCAUAUAGAUGUGGUCCAUAUGAGGAGGUUAUAUAUAGAUGUUGUCCUAUGGAGGAUGUAAGCACGAGAGGGGGGGGAAAGAGGGAGGAGAGGUGCAGAGAGAGAUGGGGCGAAAGAGGAGGAACGGGAGCAGAGACGAGGAGGGGACAGAUGGAAGGAGGGGGGUACGAAGAUGUGGGAAAGCAUGGAGGCACGGUUGGGGGUUAGAUAUAGAUGUUUAAUAUGGAGGAGAGGUAUAUAUAGGAUGUUGUCAAUAUGGAGGAGGUAUAUAUAGGGUUGUCCAUUAUGGCGGAGGUUUGUAUAUAGAUGGUGUCCAUGUGGAGGGAGAGGUGUAUAUAGCUGUUUUGUCCAUAUGGAGGGGUGUAUAUAGAUGUUGUUCCAUCUGGAGGGGUGGUAUAUUAUAGCUGUUGUCCUGUGGAGGAGGUGUAUGAUAGAUGUUUCCCUAUGGAGGAGGUGGUGAUAGAUGUGUGUCCAUAUGGAGGAGGUGUAUAUAGAUGUUGUCCAUAUGGGCGGAGGUGAUAUAGAUGUUGUCCCACUAUGGCGGGAGGAAGGGUGGGAUAUACGAGGUUGGAAAUAUGGAGGAGGUAGAUAUAGAUGGUUGGACAAUAUGGAGGGAGAGGUGUGAUAAGAUGCUUGUACAUGUGGAGGAGGCUAAGAUGAUGCUGUCCAUAUGGAGGGAGGUGGUAUUAGAUGUUGUCCAUAUGGAGGAGGUUUUGGUAUAUAGAUGUUGUCCAUAUGGAGGAAGGCUUUAAUAUAGGUGGUCAAAUAUGGAGGAGGUGGUGUCUUAGAGAUGUUUGUCAAUACGGAGGAGGUUGUUUUUUGGAUAUCAGUGUUGUCAUGUGGAGGAGGUGUAUAUAGAUGUUGUCCAUGGGAGGACGGUGUAUAUCGAGUUGUCCUGUGGAGGAUUUGCGGGGAACGAGAUGGUGGGCAGAGGGAGGAGGGGGUAGGAGAGGGGGGGUACAUAGGGAGGAUCGGGCCGGGGAGAUAGAUGUUGUAAAGGGGGAGGAGGGGGGUGGCGAUAGAGGGGGGAAAUAGGGAGGAUGGGAUAGAGAGAGGGGGGUAAUGUGGAGGGAGGUGUAGAUAAGGCGGGUAAAUGUGGAGGAGGUGUAAUAGAUGGUGUACAGGGGGAGGAGGGGGUAUAAGAUGUUGUCCAUAUGGAGGAGGUUUUAUCUAGAUGUUGUCAAUAUUUGGAGGAGGUGUAUAUAGAUGUUUCCAUGUGGCGGAGGUGUAUAUAGAUGUGUCAUUAUGGAGGAGGUAUUAUAUCGAGGUGUCCAUAUGGAGGAGGGUCUAUAUAGCUGUGUCCUAUGGAGGAGGUGUAUAUAGAUGUUGUCCAUAUGGAGGAAGAGUGGACUAUAAGUUGUCCAUGUGGAGGGAGGUGUGUAUAUAGAUGUUGUCCACUAUGAGGCGGUUGAUAUAGAGUUGUCCAUAUGGAGGAGGUUUUAUUAUAAGAUGUUUUCCAUGUGGAGGAGGUGUAUUUUUUGUUAUAUAGAUGUGGUCCCAGAGGAGGAGGGAGAGAUAGAUGUUGUUCCACCAUGGCGGAGUUGUAUUAUAGAUGUUGUCCACAUGGAGGAGGUGUAUAUAGAUGUUGUCCAUAUGGAGGAGGUGUAUAUAGAUGUUGUCCAUAUGGAGGAGGUGUAUAUAGAUGUUGUCCAUAUGGAGGAGGUGUAUAUAGAUGUUGUCCAUAUGGAGGAGGUGUAUAUAGAUGUUGUCCAUAUGGAGGAGGUGUUUGGAGAAAGAUGUUGUCAAAGAUGGAUAGUGUGUGUAUAUAGAGGUUUGUCGAUGGAGGGAGGUAUAUCUAGAUGUUGUCCAUGUGGAGGAGGUUGGUAUAUAUAGAGUUGCAUAUGGAUUGAGGGUAUAUUAUAGAUGUUGUCCAUAUGGAGGAGGACGGGGGAGAUAGAUGUUGUAAGUGGGGAGGAUGCGGGUGAUAGUAGGGUGGUAAAAUGGUGGAGGACGGGGUUUAUCUAUAGAUGUUGUCCAUUAGAGGAGGGUCUUAUAUAGAUGUCGUCAUAUGGAGGAGGUGUUGUAUAAGAUGUUGUUCCCAUAUGGAGGGGUGUAUAUAGAGUUGUCCAUAGGGAGGAGGUGUAUAUAGAUGUUGUCCAUAGGAGGAGGUUGUAAUAUAGACUGUUUGCUUGCCAUACCUGGAUGAGGUUGGUAUACUAGAUGUUGGUCACUGUGGAGGAGGUGUAUAUAGAUGUUGUCCAUAUGGAGGAGGUAUAUAUAGAUGUUGUCCAUAUGGAGGAGGUAUUGAUAUAUAGAUGUUGCCCAAUGUGGAGGGAGGUGUCUAUAGAUGUUGUCAUAUGGAGGGGGGGGGAAGGCAGCAGGCUGAGCAAGCAGGAGAGGCACAGGCGAAAGAGCGGCAGGACGGGGGACGAGAGAGGGGGGAAGGAUGGGGCAGCUACGCCACAGGAUGUGGUCAAUGACGGAAAGAACCGGAGGGGAGGCAAAAGUAGGCGAGGAGACGGCGACUAG